AUGCUGUGCGGGUGUGCGUCACUGGGCCACAAGUUUGGUUUCGGCAACACCCUCGACCAAACCUUGCUCAAGGACUGCCACGCUAAGCUGCUGCAGCCUCGCGCUACUCCCACUGCCGCUGGCGCCGAGGCGAUACGGCAGGCGGAGAGGGAGGGCCUGACUCUGGCUACGAGCAGCAGCAACAGCACAGGCUACAAAGGCGUGAGCUACCGCCCGAAUGAGCGAGGCACCAAGAAGUACAAGCUGCAGGUGAGUGCUGGCGGCAAAGUGGUCUCCCUCGGCUGCUUCGCCACCGCCGAGCAGGCGGCGCUCUCUUACGCCCGCAGGGAGGCAGGCAGGGACACAAGCGAUCUCACCGCGCCGCCGCCGCCUGCGCCUUCCUCUGCCGCUGGCGCCGAGGCAGUCCGGCAGGCGGGGAGGGAGGGCCUGACUCUCGCUACGAGCAGCAGCAGCACAGGCUAUAAGGGCAUCUACUACGACCCGAAGGGGAACGGCAGCAAGAAGUACAAGCUGCAGGUGAGGAUUGACGGCAAGCAGGUCAGCCUCGGCUACUUCGCCACCGCCGAGGAGGCGGCGCUCUUCUACGCACGCAGGGAGGCGGGCAGGGAUAUGGUUGCGCUCUACCCGCCGCCGCCGCCGCCGCCGCCGCCACCCGCGCCUUCCUCUGCCGCUGGCGCCGAGGCAGUCCGACAGACAAAGAGGGAGGGCCUUACGCUGGCCACCAGCAGCAGCAGCAACAGCGGCUACAAGGGCGUGGCCUACCGCCCGAAGCAAGGCAGCAAGAAGUACCAGCUGAAGGUGUGGGUUGGCGGCAAGCAGCUCCACCUCGGCAACUUCGCCACCGCCGAGGAGGCGGCGCUGGCGCGUGCGCGGCACCUGUGGGACACGACCGUCCGCCUGCUCGAGCCGCCGCCGCAGCCGCCGCAAGGCGCAGCAGGGCCUUCCGAGGCCAGCAGCUAUGAGGAGGAGGAGGGCUUCGACCCGGCGGACACUGCCGACGCCGUGACUAACUCGCUGCUCUCCGACCCGCCGCCUUCCGCGAGCGAGCAGAGGGCGGCGAGGUGGCAGGCGCGCGCAGCAGAGCAGGCGGCGAGGGCGGAUGCUGCGGCGGCGGCGGCGGCGGCGCAGGCGGCGGCGGGUGCUGCCCCGCCAUGCGACGACGAGGUGGAGGUGGAGGCAGAGGUGGAGAGCGACAGCGAGGAGGAGUCGGAGAUGGAGGUGGAGGCGGCUGCCGCAGUUGCGGGCGUGUCCGCAGCUACAGCAGCAGAGGAGGAGGCCCUCGAGUGCGCCAUUUGCUUCGACGACCUCAGCGCACACCGUGAGGCGCGCCUGCAGCCGCGCGACCCGAACGGCUGGGGCGCAACGCGCUGCUGCAAGAGCCUCUUCCAUUACAGCUGCCUGCACACUUGGCUCAACGACGACAGCGAGGUCGAGACGAGCUGCGGCAUGGAGCCGAUCAACACGGCCUGCCCUGGCUGCCGAGGCUUCGUGCCGAAGUCGUCGUCGCGGAUGCUACGCUAG